AUGCUACGGCUACUAUCACGAUUAAAGAGUCGACAACCUGGAAUUGACGACUGGGCUAUGGUAGCUGCAAUGGUAUCAAUGCCUACAAUUGAAAGUUAUAAUAGUAUUACAAAGGCUUACCUAAGACAGCGGUUUGUGAUUCCACUUUCUGCUCUGGCUAUUGUUCGUAGGUUAAAUAUAAUUGGGUUCCAAGUCAAUAGUUGCUGAUAUAUAGGUCAGUUGCAGGUCAUGGACUUGGAAAGGAUAUUUGGUCUAUACCAUUUGAAAGUAUUACAGCUAUUCUAUAUGUAAGUUAAUAUCUAAAACAUAUCGCAAUUAUUCUAAAAGUAUGUAGAUAUACUACUUUGACGAGGUACUAUAUCUUGGAAGUCUAAUGAUGAUCCGACUGUCGAUGUUAUGCCUUUAUCUUCGAAUGUUUCCUCAGAGAGGAUUUAAGAGAAUAAUAUAUGCUAUUAUAGCAAUAAAUAUUAUUUAUAGUAUAGCUUUCAUUGUUGCCUCGGUAUUUCAAUGUAUUCCUGUCCAAGCUGCUUGGACAAGGUGGGAUGGCACAGUUCCUGCUAAAUGCAUUAAUGCAAAUGCGGUCGGAUGGUCGAGUGCUUUUAUCAACAUUGUGUUACACGCUAUUAUCAUCAUCCUUCCAUUACCCAUGUUAAUGAGGCUUCUCAUGUCAUGGGAACAAAAUAUUCAGACCCUAAUAAUGUUUGGCCUCGGAUCUCUGUUAGUAUUUAGAAAUCAUAUUUCUAAGAAUCAUAACUAAUUUAGAAAAUCUAAGGGUUAUUAUUGUUAGUAUCUUACGACUCACAAUGCUUGUCAAGUUUGCAAAUACCCAGAACAUAACAUGUAAGACUUUUUUAUUCCCCUAGUAUAUAAUAGCUAACCAUAUAGGAAGGGGACUAUGUUCCUGUAGGCUAUUGGAGUACUAUUGAGGUUCAUGUCAGUGUUAUCUGCGCAUGUUUACCGGCGCUGCCUUCUCUAUUUCACAGGAAAGCACCGGUUACACCUCGACAAAAUAGCCUACAGCCAGGACCAAUUCAAACCGUUGGGAAGCCAAAGAAUCGCGAUUCAGACAUCCUCCCACUUCUAAAGAUAGUGAGUGUACAUGAGCAGAGAGUCGGUCUUUCUCAAUAA